CUGUGGGCCGAGGACUCGGGGACCCGGGCAGCGCAGCAGCAUGACGGGAAGCAACAUGUCCAAUGCCUUGGCCAACGCCGUCUGCCAGCGCUGCCAGGCCCGCUUCACCCCCGCCGAGCGGAUAGUCAACAGCAAUGGGGAGCUGUACCAUGAGCACUGCUUUGUGUGUGCCCAGUGCUUCCGGCCGUUCCCAGAGGGACUCUUCUACGAGUUCGAAGGCCGGAAGUACUGUGAACACGACUUCCAGAUGCUGUUCGCUCCGUGCUGUGGAUCCUGCGGUGAAUUCAUCAUUGGCCGUGUCAUCAAGGCCAUGAACAACAACUGGCACCCCGGAUGCUUCCGCUGCGAGCUGUGUGAUGCAGAGCUGGCUGACCUGGGCUUUGUAAGGAACGCGGGCAGGCACCUGUGCCGGCCUUGCCACAACCGUGAGAAGGCCAAGGGCCUGGGCAAGUACAUCUGUCAGCGGUGCCACCAGGUCAUGGACGAGCAGCCCCUGAUGUUCAAGAAUGACGCCUACCACCCUGACCACUUCAACUGCACCAACUGCGGGAAGGAGUUGACUGCCGAGGCCCGAGAGCUGAAGGGGGAGCUCUACUGCCUGCCUUGCCAUGACAAGAUGGGCGUCCCCAUCUGUGGGGCCUGCCGCCGGCCCAUCGAGGGCCGUGUGGUCAAUGCACUGGGCAAGCAGUGGCACGUGGAGCAUUUUGUCUGUGCCAAGUGUGAGAAGCCGUUCCUGGGGCACCGACAUUACGAGAAGAAGGGCCUGGCCUACUGUGAGACCCACUACAACCAGCUAUUCGGGGAUGUCUGCUACAACUGCAGUCACGUGAUCGAGGGUGAUGUGGUGUCAGCGCUCAACAAGGCCUGGUGUGUGAACUGCUUCUCCUGUUCCACCUGCAACAGCAAGCUCACCCUGAAGAACAAGUUUGUGGAGUUCGACAUGAAGCCUGUGUGUAAGAAGUGCUACGAGAAAUUCCCACUGGAACUGAAGAAGCGACUGAAGAAACUGUCAGAGCUGGCCUCCCGCAAGGCCCACCCCAAGUCCGUGGGCCUCAACUCCGCUUGAGAGGCCUGCUGCUGCCUGCCGCCUUUCUCCUCCUCCUGCCUGGUGGCUUCCUGCCCCUCUGCUGCUUUGAGCCUUGUCUCAUCUCUUUGCCUGCCCCCUCUCCCAUCUCCUACCUCCCUUUCUCCACGCAGGAUUCUCCCCUCCAUCUUCUCUCUGCUGUCUCCCCCUCUGCCUUCCCCCGCCCGCCUCCUCUCUUCUGCGUGGUGAGCAGGACUGAGGGGCACUGGAGCUUGUGAGUGUGUAAGGGGCCAGUGUCCGAAGUCCUGCAGGGACAGGAGCAAAUUGGGACCUGGUGUCACCUGGCCCCAAAGGUGGGCUGCAGCUCCAAGCCUUGCCCAUUCCAGCUGUCCCAGCACCGCAGGGGCCUACUGUGAGAGCUUGACCAGCGACCCCACGGUGUGCACAGAGCCUCCGGGCAGCCCUAGUCAGCCGCUGCCCCAGCCCCAGGACCAGGUGCCCUGGGAAUGGCCCAGGGCCAUUCCUUGGCCACAGGAAUGCCAUCUCUUGGCCACAGGCUCGCUCAUCUAAGGAGGAUCCCUGUGCCCAUGCUGGGCAGCAAGUCCUACCAUUGCACCCCACAAAUUUGCAGACAUACACAAACCCUACUCCCCCAGCACUUAGGGUUCCUUCCUGAUAUCCUGCCUUGGCAGUUCCACCCUGGGCUUGGGAAUGCUAUGGCUCCCCCAAGUCUCUCUGUGACCCCCCACAGCCCCCUCAGGGCACACACUGAGUUUUGGGGGGCAGCCAGGAGCAGGGAGGACGGGUAGGUGGCUCAUUUCUUUCCUCCAGGAAGGAGUCUUCCUUCCUGGCCACGCGAGACCUGCCGCCGGGAUGCACAGUGAAUGAAGGCUUACUAACACUGUCACACAGGCUGCGUGGUUUGUGGUGCGGAGGGUGGUGGGGAGCGCCCUGUAGACACGGAUGUGGGGGCUGCCGGACAUUAAGGAUCAGGGCAGGCAGGACUUGUCAGGUGGGGCCUGUUCCCAGCCCCUCUGCCAUCAGAGGAGAUAAGACCAGCUAGAAACCCAUAGUCCACAAGGGCUGGCCCUGGGCUGAG